AUUGCGUUUGUUGCUCGGGGUUAUUAUUUUGGUGGUUUUGGUAAUUGGUUAUCUUUUCCCGAGUGAAUUUACUUAUUCAUUAUUAACCUCCGAAACCGACAAGGAAAAACCGCUGCAAAAGUUGCAAGUGGCCCUGGAAAAAAUUUCUAAUGCAGAACCAGACCCUUCCGACCCCGAAAAACUCAAAUUAGAAAAGUUAAUAAUUAAGUCUCAGCAAAAAAUUAAUAAUUUGUUGAUGAAAAAAGCAAGGGGAGAAAAAUUAACUAAAAAGGAAAAGUUUGAAGAAUACUUUGAAGACAUUCAUUACACAACAAUGGAAAAAGAAUGA